GUUUAUGGCGGGGUUUCGGGUAGCGACCUAGGGCGAAACCGGUGUUUGGUUGGACGCUGUUGUAUCAGGAAGUGUCAAACAUCCAAUGACAAGCGGAUUCUUGUUUCCACUGCGCUGAUCCACCAAUAUAUGGUUUAUCCAGCAGAAAAGACAAAUUGAGCGCACAAGGUGCCUCUGUUCUCGAACUCACUCUCUCCCGGACCUGACAGUUUGAAGAACUCGGUCAGAGUAAAAUGGACUGGCUGUACCCACGAUUUCACAAGGAGUCCCUAGCUCAAAUUCUCUGUCGUUUGGGAUUGUUCGUGAUCUGUAUGGGAAUGGUGUUGACCAUGUCCAUGUAUCCCAUGCUGAGGGCCCUGUGUGUCCAGCUCCAUUCUGCCUUCACGGGGAGCUACGUACCUGGACACCACUCGGUCCUCCUCAUCAACUGCCCCAAUGAACAGGCAGCCAAGGACAUAGGCAGAGCCCUUAUGGAGAGGAGGAUGGCAGCAUGCAUCAAUAUUCUGCCCAGGACUUCUACGAUGUAUUACUGGAAAGGAGAGGUUCAAGAUGCGACAGAAAUUCUGAUGUUUGUGAAGACGAGGACCUCGAAGAUCCAGAGGGUCACAGACUUUGUCAAAUCUGUCCAUCCCUAUGAGACUCCAGAGGUGCUGAGUUUUCCAGUUGAGGACGGGAGCCUGCCAUAUAUGAAAUGGAUGGACGAGGCCGUUCCUGACGACUGACGAAUGAGGGAGCAUAAUAUCCCCAAUGGUCUGUGAUCUUAUUGGAUGUGAAUCUCCAAUCAGUUGAUUAACAGGAGAGUUAGGCCACAGGGAUUGGCUAGGAACCAGGAAGCUUUGGAUUAGAUCGAGGGGUCCAAACUCAUGCUUUUGAACUCUCAAUCCACAGAUGAUAACGGAUUAGCUCCCACCAGAGGGGCAUACAGUGCCUUGCAAAAGUAUUCAUCCCCCUUGGCGUUUUUCCUAUUUUGUUGCAUUACAACCUGUAAUUUAAACUGAUUUUUAUUUGGAUUUCAUGUAAUUGACAUACACAAAAU